AUGGAUCCUAAGCAAACUAUAGCGCUUCCUUUAGAUUCGCAGACGCCAUCAUACCAGCCUGUUAUCUUUGAUAGAUUUAAUGUUCGCUUUUUUAAAUUCAUCAAUAAAUACAUUCCAUGGCAUAAGCUGCCGCCUAUCAUCGGCGCGCUCAACCUCGAAGCUUUGCGAAUUGAGUUGCGGCAGAAGAACUUACACGAUGGAUACGCUGCUGGAAUCGCACAAGGCACAUACAAAUCCGAGCCUUUAGAAGACGAGAGAUACAAAAAUGCCAGGAAUUCUGACGGUAAAUUCAACUCUCUUGAGUUGCCGAAUAUGGGAUGUUCGGGCAUGCGCUUCGGGCGAACCUUUGCCCGCCAGUUCACUCCAAAGCCAAAUCAGGAUGAGCUAUGGAAUCCAAAUCCAAGGAUGCUCAGUGAACAGUUCAUGAAAAGGAAGGAGUUCAUUCCAGCGACAACUCUGAAUCUACUUGCAGCCGCUUGGAUCCAGUUUCAAACACGACUGGUUCCGCCAUGA